AUGCUCUGCAACAUCCUUCGCAGGAGUCCCCGCCUCACCUUCCGCCAUUUUUCCACGUCUCAACCACGUCACGAGAUCAAAGACAUCGGCUCUUUGUCUCAGCGCCUAAUACCAAAAUACCAAGAAUCCUGCGACGGGGAGCUCCUGUGUCUCCAGUGGCCAGCACCGCCGCGAAAUAUCUUCCUGGUGCGCAAAGACUGCGCCCCGGCGGUUACCGAUUCCCUGGUUGAAUUCGUCAAUCAUGUUUCCUCUACAUACCCAUCUAUCGCGGUGAUUCUCGAGUCAAAGACUGCCGCUGAAGUACAUUCGUCACUCUCUUUCCCUGUCUACUCGGUUUCUCUCGACGAAAAAACGACCGCGCUUCACGAUAAAGUCGACCUCACGGUGACUCUGGGGGGGAUGGCACGAUUCUACAUGCAGCGUCCCUCUUCGCGACCUGUUCCAAUGUUCCGCCCGUUCUAUCAUUCAGCAUGGCGAGCUUUCCGAGAAGUCUACAUGUCUGGAGCCGGAGCAGGGGAUCGAACGCCUGUGUUGGAAGAUAUCCCGGGAGCGGCACCCACAAAACAGGAAACUGAGAUGGGUCCGACCGGGUGGUCCUCCGUCCGGGGCAAAUCAAUGGGCUCUACGCGCGGGGCCCGCAUUCUGAUGCGCAAUCGGUUGAAAGUAGGACUGUUUACCGCCGACGGAACCGAAACCACACCUAUCCGGACCAAGACCGACCAGGGCCAGGGUGUGUAUGUGAUGAAUGAGCUCCUCAUCCACCGUGGCAAGGAACCCCACUUGGCUGUGGUAGAUGUGUUUGUGGGUGGGCGGUUCCUGACCGAGGCUGUGGCAGAUGGAAUUAUAAUUUCCACGCCGACGGGAAGUACAGCCUACAGCCUGAGUAGUGGGGGUAGCAUUGUGCAUCCUCUAGUCCCGUCUAUCCUUUUGACGCCUAUUUGCCCGCGUAGCCUCAGCUUCCGGCCAUUGGUUCUCCCUUCCAGUACCCCGAUAACGCUACGGCUAAGCGAAAAGAACCGUGGGCGCGAACUCGAAGUUAGUCUGGAUGGGGUCAAUUUAGGUAAAGGGAUGGCAGUUGGUAUGGAAGUUCGAGUUUGGAAUGAGGAGAUGCGUCAUGGGAAGAAUGAGUGGCAAGGUGGUGUACCCAGUGUGAUGCGACGGAGUGUGGGAUAUGAAGCCCACGAGGGCUGGGUUGGUGGAUUGAAUGGAUUGUUGAAGUUCAAUCAUCCAUUUGGAGAGCCAUAA